AUGGGCCUGCGCAGAGAUCCCAGUCACGAAUCGAGCACGUCGAGGCGACCCUCCAGCGCCGACGCCGAUUCUGACACUGGUUCCAUCUCACUUCAAAACGACUUGGCAAGGAUUCCCCGUAAACUCUUUGCCGAGGACCCCAUCCCCGAAUCCCCCAAGACGCCCGUGGCCUUGACCGCCAACGAGCCAGACUUGGACAAAAACAAGCCUUCCCAGGAGGAGCCCGUCGCUCCCUUGAGUGCUACUAAUGCCAAUUCACCUCCGAAGCCAAGUGUCCACGAGAGCAAGCCUAAGGUGGAUACCGGAAAGGAGGAUGAGAACACAGAAGUUCCUCAACCGGCGGAGCCCAUCAAGAAGCCGGCACCGGCACACCCUCCCCCCACAGCAUCUCCCGCACCCAAAGCACCAUCAAAAGCCACGACGUCUGCCAAACCGUCAACGCCGGCUAAGCGCGUCGAAGCAAGGCCUUCCCGAAAGUACCAGGCCACAAAUCGUACUCCCACCACACCGGCAUUGUCACAGUCUUCUUCGACCCCAAGUUUAAGGCUUUCGGCCUCCAAGGGAGCCAAGGAACACGACACUGGCUUGGUUAAGCCUAAGCCCAAGUCUCCCACUAGGCCUGUGAGGCUACCUGCCUCGCUCAUGGCCCCAACUACCUCCUCAGUGUCCAAGGGACAGGAAAGCAGACAAACCCACUCGCGCCAAUCUGGCAGCCUCCAGCCAGGACAUGUAAACUCUCGUGCUCCUAGCAGGGCCAGUGUGGCAGCGGCCAGCACCUCGACCAAGACUCUGAGACGACAGCCUUCCUCGCUCAACCGCUCGCGUCCAAGCUUCGGGCCCCCACCCAAGAAGCCAUCACAAGACCCUGCGCCUAAGAAGGAAGUUCACGUUGACGAGGGCUUCCUAGCACGGAUGAUGCGACCCACCCAAGCGUCGGCCUCCAAGGUCACCGAGAAAGCUCCCGUUACCCCUCCGCGGAGGCCUGCGACGCGGCCGUCGACGUCCAACACGGAGAGGAGCCCAUUGGGUAGCGUGAAAAAGGAGUCUAGGGUUACAGCGCAGGCUCGAAACCAUACCGUGUCACCUCAAGCCAGCCAAACCCAUGCCAUCUUAGAAGAGGCCCAUCCCGGGGAAGCCACGGGCAAGGCCGCCGCUGAAGUUGUGAAUCGGUCGGAAAAGAACACUGAGGUGUCAGCCACCGUGUCUAAGACAAAUGAGGCAAAAGACCUUGGCCACGGAGAGGCAUCAAAUGGACUCGAUGAACAGAGCACCCAGCCUCCGGUCCAGCCUGUUUCGGAAUCCCAAGCUGUUCUAGAGGCCGAUAUGCCCUCGACAGGAUCUUCUGAGCAGGCACCAAAGGAGAAUAAGGUCCCCGCUGUCCCCGAGGAAGCGACCCUGCCUACUGAGGAAAUCACAAGCAAUGAUGAGCACAAUGACUUGCCCAAGGUCGACACGCCAGAGAGAGCCCUGCCGCUUGCUGAACAGGUGAUUAAGACUCCGGCCCCGGUGGAAGAAUUCGAGGUCGAAUACCUCGCAGAGAAGCUUAGUGCUGUUCGAAUUAGCCCUCCCCCCGAGGCGGAGACUGACUGGUAA